AAAUUCAAGAGCUUCACCAAUUUCUUUUUGGACCCCAUUCAAAAUUUAUUAUGCAUCUUCCAAGUGUUCUAACCUUUAAACUUCUGAAAAGUGAUUAUCAAAUAAUCUCAUUCAAAAUCUUCUUCAUAGUCAAACUUCUUCUUACACAUUUCAUCAAAGCAGAUUCCUUCUCUGUUCAUAGUCUCUUCCAAGCCUAUCUCCUCUAAGCAUUCAAUGUUAUAAAAUUAUUUUAAAUAAUCUGAUUAUUAUUUGCUUACAAUCACAGCAAUAUUUGAAGUGAGAAAAAAAAAAAAAAAGAAUUUUGAAGAAACCCAUUUCACUAUUUCUAUAAAAUAUCUAUAUUUUCAAUUUUUGUGUAUAUAUUUAUGUAUUGUUUUUUUGUUUCCCCCUUAUCAAAUGUACAUUGUACUCUUUUUUGGAGUGAAGAAAAAGAUGCCUUCUCUGCACAUCUAAAGAGGCAAAUCCAGCCAAACAAGAAGGAAGGAAGGAAGGCAAAAACCCUUCUCCAUUUUUGAGGUACAAAUUACAAUAUACAAGUUUGCUAGAUGAUUUCCUAUUCCCAUUAUUUCUCUCUUUAGAACAAUACCCAUUUCCCCAUUUCCUCCAUUUCCUCUAAAUUCCCAAAGGUUUAACAGUUCCCAUGUUUUGAUUCUUCAAUGGGGAUGAAAAUGGGGGUUUCUUCUUUCAACCCUUUUUCUCUUCUUCUUCUUCUCUCUUUGGCUUUCUUCUCCAUUUUUACACUAAUCCCACCUGCACAAUCUGGCUCUGAUUACACUUCUUUGGUCUACAAAGGCUGUGCCAAGCAAGCUCUCUCAGAUCCAACUGGGGUUUACACCCAAGCACUUUCAGCCCUUUUUGGCUCUUUAGUUUCACAGUCCACCAAAGCCAGAUUCUAUAAAACCAGCUCUGGAAGUGGUCAAUCCACUAUUAAUGGUCUCUUCCAAUGUAGAGGGGAUCUUAGCAAUGGCGAUUGCUACAAUUGUGUGAGUAAAAUCCCUAAAAUCGUCGAGUCUCUGUGUGGAAAAACUAUAGCCGCAAGAGUUCAACUCUAUGGCUGUUAUUUGCUGUAUGAGGUUUCUGGGUUUGCUCAAAUUUCAGGGUUUGAGAUGCUGUAUAAAACUUGUGGCUCAACGAAUGUUGCUGGAAGUGGGUUUGAAGAGCGGCGAGACACUGCUCUUUCUGUUUUGGAGAAUGGUGUUGUGAGUGGCCAUGGAUUUUACACAACAAAUUACCAAUCUGUUUAUGUUUUAGGGCAAUGUGAAGGGGAUUUGGGGGAUUCAGAUUGUGGUGAAUGUGUGAAAAAUGCAGUUCAAAGAGCUCAAGUUGAAUGUGGUAGCUCAAUUUCAGGCCAGCUUUAUCUCCAUAGAUGUUUUAUAAGUUACAGGUACUACCCAAAUGGGGUGCCCACAAGAUCAUCUUCAUCAUCAUCUUCAUCUUCCUCCUCAUCAGGAGGAGAUAUAGGGAAAACAGUGGCUAUAAUUCUAGGAGCAACAGCAGGAGUCGCUUUUGUGGUCAUUUGUUUGCUUUUUGCAAGAGGGUUAAUGAAAAAACAUGAUGAUUAUUGAAAGAAGCAAAUGAAGAUGAGAUCUUUAAAGAUGCAAAAACUAUUCUUUUUUAUUUUUAUGAACAGAAUGUUCCCUUUUUUCUGAAAAGGAAUGUGAUUUUUUUGGUGGUCAUAGGGUUUUUUGUUCAAAUUGAGAAGGGAAUGAAUGAAUUGAAUGAUGUUUAUCAAACUGAAAUAAUUUUUACACAAGUGAAGAUGAAGAAUGUUGGUAAUGAAAAGUGGUGGUAACCCAUUCAAUCUUUUUAACUUAUUUGCUUCUUUUUUAUA